AAAUAGGUACGAUCAUUUUGAAUAAGCCUCACCCUCGAAUGUCCCUGGAAGCCGGUGGUAAAAACUCUACAGGUUGGCAAAACCCCGAAAAUAUUUUGUGCAGAGGCUGUGGAAGUCAAACGUCUUCGUCUAAUUUCAUAAUAUCCAAAUUAAGCCCGUCCUCACACUAUGCAUUCCAUGACACGUUGUUCAAUAGAGAAAUGGUUCUUGUACAAGUAGUGUCACACAAUAUCAUUUUUCAAUUCCCUGUGAUAACCACCACUCAAUCUACAUGUCAAGGUUAUGGGGAGUGGCAGGUUGAUAAUUCAUGGUUCCCUGGAUAUCGCUGGAAGCUCUGCAUUUGCCCUGAUUGUGGAGAAUUUGAAGGCUGGAUAUUGGAGUCUAUUAAUCCUGGAAGCCCUGAAUCACCAGAUGAAGUUUUUUGUUUAGUUCUGACAUCAGUGAUUGGAGAAUCUUUUAUAGAUUCACUGGUCAAGUUUCCUGUUGACUUCUAAGGACUAUGGCUACCUCGGAGCAUUUAUCUGAUCAAGAUCAACAAUUUUUGGCCAGUUGCGAAGAAGAACUAAAAGAUAGAUAUACAGAAAAUGAUGAAGCAUUUAUGAAGGUUUUUAAAGCGGAGCCGAGUCCACCGCCUAUUAUAGAAUCAUGGUGGGUGCCGAAUAACGGCGGGCGGCGGAACGACCGGCGCUUCAACCGCCGCAACCAGCCGUACUCGCGCGACGGCCGCGACGGCCGGGACGGGCGCGACCACGGCCGCGGCCGCCACGACCACGGCCGCCACGACCACUCGCGCUCCUACGACGACAGGAGCUACGGCCACCACAGCAAUCGCCCACGACAUUACUAGCUCACUUUUGUUUAAUCAUUCAUAAAUGUUCAUCCAUAUAUUAUGUAUUACUGAAUAACAAUAAUAAAUAAAUA